AUGAAUUCCCGAAGGUUUUCAUUGCAGCAGAAAAACAAGGAUGAUGCUGGUGUAUUUCAAACUACUGAAGUAACUGUUUAUGAUUACUUUGUUAAUAGCCAUAACAUUGAUUUACCAUAUUCUGCCGAUCUUUCUUGUAUCAAUAUCAGGAAGCCUAAGCAUCGAACUUACUUCCCUAUCAAGGGCCAGAGUAGUAAUUGUAAUAAUAACAAUUCAAAAGCGUUGGAGAAAUCAACUCCAUCGGCAGAGAGUCCCAAGGAUAAGAGCUCCACCGAUCCAGCACUACUUCCGGCCGCUGCCUCCGUCUCUGAUGCCACUCCCAUAGUUGCAGAAGGCUAG